ACAAACAAUAAUACCACCCUGAGCGUCACAAUCAUGACCAACCACAAAACAAAAAAACUCUAAAUUUUGACAGUUGACGCCAUUUUGUGGUUACGUUCGUGUCGGAACAAAAAUCUGUUAAGUGAAAAAAGGAGUUAAAGAAGUGAAAAUGAGUCGUUUCUUCGCCGGUUCGGACUCAGAUUCGGACAGCUCGUCCGAGGAGGAGCCAAUUCAACGUGCCCCAGCCCCGGUUUUUACCUUCAGCGACGAUGAGGAGGAAGUCAAACGCGUCGUUCGCUCGGCCAAGGAGAAACGUUAUGAGGAGCUCACGAAUAUUAUUAAACAAAUCCGAAAUUACAAGAAAAUCAAGGACAUGAGUAGCAUGUUGACCAGUUUUGAGGACUUGCAAAAGGCCUAUGUGAAAGCCCUCCCCGUGAUUGCAAAAGAAGAAUCCGGCCAAACGCCCCGUUUCUUCACGCGUUGUUUGGUCGAAAUGGAGGAUUUUAUUAAUGAAAUGUGGGAGGAUCGAGACGGGCGUAAAAACAUGAGCAAAAAUAACAGCAAGUCGCUUGCGUCAAUGCGCCAGAAAUUGAGGAAGUACAUUAAGGAUUUUGAGGAGGAUAUUGCCAAGUUUAGGGAAAACCCCGACCAGCCUGAUGAUGAAGAAGAAGAAGAGAAACAUGAACCAGAACCGGACACUCAAACCGAAGCUCCAACUAAAUCUAUCCCCAAAAUUUCGAAGCAAAUUGUGGAUGAUGAAGGGUCGUCAGAUUCGGACGAUUGGCCCUCAGAUAGCGACUCCAGUUCGGAUAGUUUUGAUGAAGAUGAAGGGAAAACGACAAUGAGGGAGCGUUUCUUGAAAAAAACUGGGCCAGCACAUGAAGAUGAUGAAGAACGCGAAAGGAGAAAAGAGGAACGAAGGAAGGAACGGAAGGAGAAGGAGAGACGCAAAGUGAAGAUGCAAGAUGAGGAGGAUGGCGAGGGCGAGUGGGAGUUUGUCAAGGGGGGCAUCGCCAUCCCAAGCGAGAAGCCGAAGAUGUUCGCCAAAGACGCCGAAAUCGAUCUAAACCUCGUUAUAAAAAAACUCUCCGAGAUAAUGGCGGCACGUGGUAAAAAACGCACCGAUCGUCGCGAACAAAUCGAACUCCUUCACGAACUCCAAAACGUCUCCGACCAACACCAACUCGGCCCCGCCAUCUAUGUCAAAAUCAAAUUCGCUAUAAUUUCGGCAAUUUUCGAUUAUAAUCCGAAAGUCUCCGAUGCAAUGAAACCCGAAUACUGGAUGAAACUCCUCGAACGCAUGUCGGAAAUGCUCGACCUCCUCCUCGGCAAUCCUCAACUCUUCGUCUCCGAAUCGGUAACAGAAGAAACUGAGAAUUUAGAAGAACCACCGUAUAAAAUCCGUGGGUGUGUUUUAACCUCAGUCGAGCGACUUGAUGACGAAUUCACUAAACUACUAAAAGAGUGUGACCCACACAGUAACGAGUAUGUGGAGCGUUUGAAAGACGAGGCAAAAGUCUCAGAGAUAAUCGAUAAAACGAUGAAAUAUCUCGAACAGACAAAUGCCCCAUCUGAGCUUUGUCGCAUUUAUUUACGCAAAAUCGAGCAUUUGUAUUACAAAUUUGAUCCGAGGGUUUUACAACAAAAAGCCGGGGAAAUCCCGAAAGAUUUAUACACGUCGGUACAAGAGAUGGAAAAAUUGUGUAAAUUUAUUUAUGCAAAGGAUGGUACUGAUCGGUUACGCACUCGUGCAAUUUUGUCCCAUAUUUACCACCACGCACUUCACGAUAAUUGGUUCCAAGCACGUGAUUUGGUUCUCAUGUCACACUUACAGGAAACUAUCCAUCAUUCCGAUCCCAGUACCCAGAUUUUGUAUAAUCGAACCAUGGCCCAUCUGGGUUUGUGUGCAUUCCGACAUGCUAAUAUCAAAGACGCCCAUAAUUGUCUCGUUGAUUUGAUGAUGACGGGGAAACCCAAGGAGCUCCUCGCACAAGGGUUGCUUCCCCAGAGACAACACGAACGUAGUAAAGAACAAGAAAAGAUUGAGAAACAACGUCAAAUGCCCUUCCAUAUGCACAUCAAUUUAGAAUUAUUGGAAUGUGUCUAUUUGGUCUCAGCUAUGUUGAUUGAAAUCCCAUACAUGGCGGCGCACGAAUUCGACGCUCGCCGUCGCAUGAUUUCGAAGACUUUCUACCAACAGUUGAGGAGUUCUGAGAGGCAGAGUCUUGUGGGGCCCCCUGAGAGUAUGCGUGAGCAUGUUGUCGCCGCAGCUAAAGCCAUGCGUAAUGGUAAUUGGUCGGCUUGCAAUACGUUUAUUAUCAAUGAGAAAAUGAACGCAAAAGUUUGGGAUUUGUUUUAUCAAGCCGAUUCGGUGAGGGCAAUGUUGACUCGUUUGAUUAAAGAAGAGUCUUUGCGUACUUAUCUCUUCACGUAUUCGCAUGUUUAUGAUUCGAUUUCGAUGGCGACGUUGGCACAAAUGUUCGAAUUGGAGAAGGCAGUCGUACAUUCGAUUAUCUCCAAAAUGAUAAUCAAUGAAGAGUUGAUGGCGUCGUUGGAUGAUCCGACACAGACUGUGGUGAUGCAUAGAAGUGAACCGUCACGUUUGCAAUCAUUAGCGUUGCAAUUGGCUGAUAAGAUUAAUAAUUUUGUUGAUUCGAAUGAGAGGAUUUUGGAGACAAAACAAGGGAAUUUCUUUUCAAGAGGGAUGAAUCAAGGCAACUUCCGUGGGGAUAGGCAGAAUUAUAGGGGGACUAAUCAGGAUUGGAGUCGGCAAAGGAGAGAUCACAGGAAGGAGUAUUAGCAUGUCAGGUUUUGAACUUUUUUAUUUGAGACCAAUAAAAACACAUAAGAGGA